AUGGUCCAGGGGAAAGGGACCGAGACCGAGGCCAAACUUUACACAUGUACAAGAACCGUGUCUGCAGCGCUCACACACCUCCUCUGCAUCUCAUUCACAGUCUUCCUCCUGUUCCUGUCUCGGCCGGGUUCCAGCUUAUUUUCAUGGCACCCUUUUCUAAUGACACUUGCAUUUUCCUUCUGCAUGACGGAGGCCAUCCUUCUGUUCUCCCUCCAUGGCUCCCCUAUAAGAAGGUUUGCACAUAAAACCAAAGGCCGCAUUCACUGGGCCCUCCAGGUUCUGUGUGUCACUUGUGCUGCUGUGGGCCUAGCCGUUAUUUUCUAUAACAAACACUUGAAUGAUAAACCUCAUUUCACAUCAUGGCACGGCGUCCUGGGCCUGAUCACUGUGUGUGUGGUCGGAGUGCAGUCGCUGGCAGCUGUGCCCCUCAUAUACCCCUCUAUGGCUAAAGGCUGGUCUCUGGCCAAACUGAAGAGGUACCACGCAGCGUCAGGGCUUGUCACCUACCUACUGGGCUGCGGGAGUCUUCUGCUCGGCCUCUGCUCUGUCUGGUUCACUGCAUCCGUCAGCAGUUACACCUGGUACGUGUCUGCUCUCUGCCCUGUACUCUCUGCUCUCGUCAUCAUGGACCAAGUCUCCCGCACAUACAUGGCAAAAAAGAGACUACAGUCCUGA